AUGAAUGAGAACCAGGAAGAUUUUAGUUCUUUGCAGAACCUUGUAGAAUAUAAUCAAUACGAAGUAGAAGGAGAGAACUUGAGCGAUAUACAGAUUCCUGCUCCCACUAAUGAGUUAAAUGGUAGUGACAGAAUUCCCAAAUACAUUUAUAAUGAAGGUCAAAAUGUUCACAAACUGGAUGCCGGUGGUUCUUCAAAUAAUAAUCAGAAUAUGGAUGGUAUUAUUGGUAAUAAUAGACCAACUACAAGUCCCACGACUGCAUCUGAAUCGCAGAAUAAUAAGAGUGAUAGUAUAAAUGGUAAUCAAGUUGAACCUUUUAGUCGGUUAGAAAAUGACACAAACCGUUCUUCUGCAAAAGCAGAACAUUAUCGACCAGCGGAGGUUAACUUACCUGAUGAUAAAUCUUCAAACGAGACCACCACGGAAAAACCAUUUUAUGUAAAUGCCAAGCAAUACUAUAGGAUUCUGAAGCGCAGAUAUUGUAGAGCUAGGUUGGAAGAAAAUUUAAGAAUAUCUAGGGAAAGAAAACCGUAUCUGCACGAAUCUAGGCAUAAGCAUGCAAUGAGGAGGCCCAGGGGCCAAGGUGGUAGAUUUUUAACUGCCGUGGAAAUCGAAGCUUUAAAACUAAAAGAAAAUGCAAAAUCAGGAUCAGGUGGGCAAAUUUCUUCUGAAACUGCUGCGCCCUACAAUUCAGACAAUCCUGUUCCAUCAAUAUGA